AUGAGCCAGGCUAUCGGAGCCGUUGGCACUAUGAACGACAAGUACCACCGGGCAGCCCGGGAUGGCUACCUGGACCUGCUCAGAGAGGCCACUCGGAAGCAGCUCAACGCGCCCGAUGAAGACGGAAUGACACCGACGUUAUGGGCUGCGUACCACGGCAACCUUGACGCGCUCCGGCUCAUUGUGGGAAGAGGGUAAGUGUCGUUAAGUUUCCUUAGCAGCCGAUAGCUUCUCUCGCAAGGUAGUAACAAGGCAACUAACUUAAAAUGCAGCGCAGGUAUUGCAGGUAUUGGCCUACCUGUUGAAGUAUCAACAAACAGGUGUGGAGGUGCAUUGCUCAGAGGCAAGUUGGCAAUUUGUUGUGUACGGUAUCUUCUCACUUCCUUCCGUCUGAAAAGGCAGAGUCAGAGCCAUAUAUAGCCUAGACCAGAGACAUGCAAUUAUUAUCUAUAUUAUUAUCUAUAUGUUUAUAUAUAUUUACAUAUGGAUGGUCCCAGGAAUCGAAUCCCACUAUCCUGGCAUUGAGCUGCAGAAGAUCACUAAAACCUCCAGUCAGCUGGUUAAAGCCCAGAUUAAUGUCUAGGAACAACAUUUACAUUCAAAGGGCCACUUUAGUGCCAGCUCAGGAUUUAUGUCUACUAGUUUGACCCUCCUCACCCUGUUAAUGUGAUAGACAGCUCUGUGUCUCCAUUUUAACAGCCUAAUUACAGGCAAAGGUCACUGGCAGGAGGAUGGCCUAUUAACCAAUACUCUCUCACACAACCAUGCGGCGUGAAUACUUAUACUCCCAUGCAAGCACGCAUGCAAGCACGUGCACACACACACACACACGCACACACACAUGUACGCACACACACACACCUCUAUGGAAGUAGCGGUGGCAGUAUUAGUAUCGGGGUGUAGUGGAGCAUGAAUACAAGGUUGGUUCAUCAAUCAUUACUAAGUUAAUCCCUCACAUGUGGACCCCCAUUCAUUCACUGAUGGUAGCUUUGAUUAUGAGUUGAAUGUAUCACAGGGCCUCCCUUCCUAGGUAAUAAAUCCAGUUCAAUUACAUGAGAUGCUGUUUUCAUUCAGACCGACUUUUGAAAGGGCCCACUCCUCCACCACAUUGUUAGCUAGCAGGUUACCACAGACUCCUGUCCUUGUGAGCUACAAUAGCAGGCAGCUACAACCAGAUGAAGGCUAUAAUCUUUGUUCCCCACACAAACCACUAGGUAUACAUCACCUAAUCAGAAGGUCCUAUACUGUCACAAUACACCCGCAGCAGUCUAGCAAUGGUGCCUUCUGACGGGAAACAAGAGAGACACAGGAUUUAGGAGUAAGGAGAUAUUAUUGUUUGAUAAGUCAGCUACUCUUUCAGCUACCGAAGCUCCUUUGUGCAUGUGUACAGACAGUAUAGGUAAAAAGCCCUCUCUUUUGUUGAAGGUUUAAGUACUGGACAAAGCAGGUGUGGAUGGAAGGGCUACAAUGUAGGGAGAGAGGACAGAGGAGGAGAGAGACAGAGGAGGGUAGGGAGAGAGGACAAGGAUGAGGUAGGGAAGAGGACAAGUAGAUGGUAGGGAUAGAGGACAGUAUUGUUAGGCUAGGACAGUGUAUGGUGUCUAGUUGACCGCCUUAGGUAGAGCUGAGUUCUGCGUUGAGUAUCCUCUAGGAUGUCUGCUUUCAGUAUAGUUUAUUCGUGACCCUCGUCUUCUUUCUGGCUCCAUGUCUUCUUUUAUCUUUUUCCCUCGUCUCUUGUUCCUCUUCUUUCUCUUUCUUCUCUCUGCCUGUCUGUGUCUGCGUAGUGGUAAUACUCCAGGAUAUGUCAAGACCUUAGUGACAGGUUUAUAAGGCAUGAUGGUAAUUAAGUGUGGCGAGAGCAGUAGAUAUUGACGCCUGAGAGAAGCGGCAGUUACAGAGAUGUAAAAUAGAUAUUAACAGCGUAGAUAUGGGCUGUAGAGGAAAGGUCAAGGUGAUGGAUAAAACUAAUAGGACAGACAGGUCCUCUAACGACACUCCCAGGGGCAUUGAUGCUGCACCACAGGCCCAGGCUGGUGGUAGCUGAGCUAAGGAUGGACAGGACCAGAGCUGUGGUGGAGAUCAGAGGGCGUGCUAGAAGGUUAAAGCAGUUUGCAUACUACUGUAACUUAGCAAUGCUGAUCUGCUCCUACCUCUUCUCUGCGUUAUACAGGCCUCUUUCUAUGUCUGAUCUAGAAGGUACAAGGAAAAGAAUGGAGCUGAACAUAUAGGUCCGGGUGGUUUUCCAGAUCCAGAUUAUUAGACAAAAUCUUGGACUAAAAAGCAUUGAAUGGAGAUGCUCUGACUGGGGAACAUAUUUCAAAAUAUUUUCAUCUCUUGGCUGUCCUGUUGAUAGUCAGAUCUCUUGGCUGUCCUGUUGAUAGUCAGAUCUCUUGGCUGUCCUGUUGAUAGUCAGAUCUCUUGGCUGUCCUGUUGAAUGUCAGAUCUCUUGGCUGUCCUGUUGAUAGUCAGAUCUCUUGCUGCACUGAUUGAUGAUACGAUCCUUUGACUGUUCCGUAUAUCAAUUGUGUUGUAGUCAGAUUCAUCAGGCACGUGGUCAAAAACGAUAUUUUAAGCCAGUUCGACUGUCAACUCUUCGUAUGUAGUCAGGAUCUCUUGGUGUCUUUGAUAUGUAGACGUUUACUGACUGGAGUGACUACAGUUAGACAGUUUGUACCUUUGUCAAAUGGAGUAGAUUAAUGGGGUCAGGGGGGUCGACAUUAUAGACAGUAUUGUACCUUAUGAUCGAUAGGGGUCGAUUAAUGUUCAGGUAGAGUGUAUUAGGUCAGUUUGUGUAUUUUCUCAUAUGAGUCGAUAUGACUGGGAUUUAUGUUUGUACGGGGAGAGGGGGGGGGGGGGGUAGAUCAGCUUAAUAUUGCAGAUAGAAUGUAACUUCCAUCAAUGUAAUUGUCUGCAUCACUUCCAAUCCCCCAUAUUUUUACAUACACAUACACAUACACAUACAUAUACAUAUAUAUAUAUAUACAUAUACAUAUAUAUACACACAUACACACACCCACAUACAUACAUACACAUACUUAUCCUUUAAAAAAAUAUAUAUAUUCCCCUUUAUUACUUUCCAACCCCGCCACCCUUUCCCUACUUGGGGUAAACUAGUGAACAACAAUGCUUAGGCCUCUACUUCCAGCUUAUACUUACUAUCUACAUUUUAUGGACACAGUCAAUUUUACAAUAAUUAUAUUUUGGUUGUUUUUUCUCCUGAACUUCUUCUACUCUCAACCACUCCGAUCAUUUUCAUGAUGUCCAUCCGGUUUGCUUCUAUAUGCCAUAUCUUUCUAACUGUGCUCUUUCACAAAAGCUCCCAACCUACAACCCAUAUACUUAUUAUGGACACAGUAUGCUUACAUUAUUAGUUAUCUUGUUAUUAUUUGUUGUUAGUUGUUAUUAGUCCCAUCCUUCAAUUCCAUUCAACACCUCCCAUAAAUCUUUUAACACCAUCCAUAUAGGAUUUCUAUUUGCCAUAUAUAUUUCAACUGUACUGUGAUGUCUUACAGGACGCAACGUUUUGGAACGUUCAGAUAGAAAUAUGCUAUUUAGAACAAACAUGCCUCUCUCUGACAUGUAGUAUGAAUCACAACUGCUCUAUUCAUGGCAUUUCUAUCUGCAACGUUCGACAACGUUUGGCAACUGAACAUGGCACAGGUGUUGACCUUGUGGCGCUCUGGGGUCACGGCUUCUCUGGGUGUCUGUGAGAGAAAAGACUCUCAGUCCAUGUGUUGAAUAAUACAUGGUAACAUCGCUGUAAUUUUUCACCUGCACCUCCUCAAUUAUUAAUCACACCACAGCCACACUGGGCCAGAUGGGCGAGGGCAACACAGGAAGGGGAGGGGCUCUGACAUGCAAAGCAGGAAGUGAAAUAUAAUUGUCAUCUCAUGACAUCCUUGUGUUGUGUAAUGUUUACGUACUUUCGUGAAAAGACCACUCGCUGUUUGAGGGUAUAUAUUUCACUGUGUAUUUAUUUAAAGGUAUAGUUUAAAUUGCAGAGUCAUGGUCUGUAGUCAGCAGAGUAGAAAUGGUAGUCAGCGGUACCGUAGAACUGAAAACGACAUGAUGAGGUCACCCAAUUGGGUCAUCUUACUUCCUUAGUUUUAGUGUAAUGUGAAAGAGGAUAUAGGCAUAGCUAAGCAGAGGUGGGGUUGAUUUAGUCUGUUCUGUAAACCUGUUGAUUUAGUCUGUUCUGUAAACCUGAUGAUUUAGUCUGGUCAUGUAAACCUGUUGAUUUAGUCUGUUCUGUAAACCUGUUGAUUUAGUCUGUUCUGUAAACCUGUUGAUUUAGUCUGUUCUGUAAACCUGUUGAUUUAGUCUGUUCUGUAAACCUGUUGAUUUAGUCUGUUCUGUAAACCUGUUGAUUUACAGAGUCAUUAUCAGGUGACAGAAGAAUAGCACACCCUGUGUCACACACAUACAGUAGGUGUACACACUAUGGCUCAGUUUCCCGGAACCAGAUUAAGUCUAUUCCUGGAAGGAAAUCGAGCAUGUUUUUUGUUGUUGUCCAGAAGUAGCAGUAAUCUGGAUCUAGGAAAGUAUCUGUCAACCAGUUGUAAUGGACGGCCUACGCUGCAGCAGGGGUAAAAGGCCUGAGGGAGUUUUAUUAUGUACUGUCUUUUUAAGAGGUGACCCUGACAAGUGUGAUAUCUGGGGCAACACGCCGCUCCACCUGGCCGCCGCCAACGGCCACCACAACUGCCUGUCCUUCCUGGUGUCGUUCGGCGCCAACGUGUGGUGCCUGGACAACGACUACCACACGCCCCUCGACAUGGCCGCCACCAAGAGCCACAUGGGCUGUGUCCGAUACCUGGACUCCAUCGCCGCCAAGCAGUCUGUCCUCAACCCCAAGGUGAGGUGUCAAGGAGCAAUGACAAGGAACGGUCAUCUGAUCAAUUUUGAACUGAUCAAAUGCAUGAAGAGACUUUAGUGAGACUACUAAAUUACCAAUGAUAUGUAGGCUACGUGUGCCGUUUUUAAAUGUAUGUAGUUGUGUCCUUGAGCUGUUCUUGUCUAUUAAUGUUCUGUAUUAUGUAAUGUUUAAUGUUUUGUGUGGACCCCAGGAAGAGUAGCUGCUGCUUUUGCAACAGCUAAUGGGGAUCCUAAUAAAAUACAAAUACCAAUUUUAUACCAGUAGGUUGUUAAAAAUAUAUUUUAACAAAAUAUUUGUAUCUAUUUUAACAAAAUAUUUGUAUCUGAUUUAUAUUUCAGUUAAUUGUUUAAAUUAUAUUUUUUAUACACUGAGUAAACCAAACAUUCGGAACACCUUCCUAAUAUUGAGUUGCAAACUCAAACCGGUGCGCCUGGCACCAACUACCAUACCCCGUUCAAAGGCACUUCAUGGCACACAUUCACAAUCCAUGUGUCAACUGUCUCAAGGCUUAAAAAUCCUUCUUUAAACAGUCUCCUCUCCUUCAUCUACACUGAUUGAAGUGGAUUUAACAAGUGACAUCAAUAAGGGAUCAUAGCUUUCACCUGGAUUCACCUGGUCAGUCUAUGUCAUGGAAAGAUGUUCUUAAUGUUUUAUAUACUCAGUUUUUAAUUGUAUAGCCUAAACUGCAAUGGUGUAUUUGUGACAUUUUAAAUAGUGAAUAAAUAAAUGUACCUCUCCUAUAAGCUGGUGAGCAAGCUGAAAGACAGAGCGUUCCGCGCCGCAGAGAGGAGGAUUAAGGACUGUGUGAAGAUGCAGCAGAAACAUCACCAGCGGCUGGAGAGGAAGUUCCUGAAGGAGAGCGUAGUGUCGGAUAACUCCGACGCCAUGAGUUUCUCUAGUUAUAACAGCAGCACGCUAGGCCGCAAGCUUCCUCAGUUCAACACGGUCACUUCCAACAUGCCAUACUCACAGGUCAGAGGUCAAAAGCAUUUCUUCCCUGCUACUUCACUGUCAAUUUCUCAUGGACGUGUUUCAUAUGAUUUUGAUAGUCAACGGCAGUUUGAGUAAAUCAUUUGAUAUUAUUUUACGUUCCCAGAUGAAUAAGUUCAUGAGUAAGCGCAGGUAUUUUCAGCAUUUGAUCAUUGUCCUUUUUCAUGUGUCAAACUCUGUCUUGCUUUAGACAUUUAGUAAAUGAUCUGUUUAAUGUCAUCUCCUGAGUCCACGUUUCUAUCUUUGCAAUCUACAUAGGCCACUCUACACUCCACAGCCAAGGGUAGGACCAAGAUUCAGAAAAAAUUAGAGAAGAAGAAACAGGUGGACGGCACCUUCAAGAUCUACGAGGAUGGGAGGAAGAGUGUUCGCUCGCUGUCUGGCCUUCAGCUAGGUCAGGACGUCAUGUUCCUCAAGCAGGUAACAAAGUAGCUAGGUGGAGACAACAGAGGUUCUGACUAACGGAAAAUCAACUUUAUAUUAAAAUAAACGCACUCUAUACUUCCAAACAUUAAAUAGAGAACCCAUUACAUUUCCCACAGGCUUAGUGCUGAAACCUGGGUUCUCUCCAUUAAAAUGGGUUCUCUUCAUUGAUGUUCCUUCAACAGGGCACCUACGCCAACUCCAAGGACUGCUCGCGCCUCAACAUCCGGGACAUGUUCCCUCACCACGGCAACAACCACGAUCACCAUGACAACGACCACUACGAUGAUGACGAUGACCGUGCCGACACCAUCUCCCACAUCUCCCGUGCCAUCAGUGACCCAGGUCUCCACGAGGCCGCCUACUCCGAGAUCAGCGCUGACUCGGGCCGCGACUCCCUCUUCACCCGGCCCGGUCUUGGAACCAUGGUGUUCCGACGGAACUACGUCUCCGGCGGUCUCUUCGGCAUCGGAGCCCGGGACGAGGGUUCCGUGGCAGGCUCCGAGCCGGUGGGGCGUGCCCCUAACGUCCGCCUCCGCGGCCGUCUCCCCCGGCGCCAGCCCAGCCUGGACGAUGCAAUAGAGAUAGACAGCAUCGGCAGCGCCCUGAGCCUCCAGGAGAGGAACCUGCAGGAGCUGCCCUGGGAGGAGGCUGACGUGGGCCUGGACGAGGAGCUGGAGCCUGAGAGCGGACCCCUGGAGACCUUCCUGGCCUCCCAGAGCCUAGGGGAGUUCAUGCCCAUCUUCAGGAGGGAGAAGAUUGACCUGGAAGCCCUGCUGCUCUGCUCAGACCAGGACCUGACCUCCAUACACAUCCCCCUGGGACCCAGGAAGAAGCUGCUAGAGGCCUGUAAGAGACGACUGAACACCCUGGACGAACCAGAGAGCAUCAAAGACACUGAGCUCUGA